AUGUUCCGACCGACAAUCUCGUCUCUACGAGGCGCCCGGCCGACGCUAGCUGCUCGCCUCAGAGGAAGACUCCAAUGUCCCACUGCCUCUAGGAGCUACGCAUCCGCCUCCGGACCAGCGUUCGACUGGCAGGAUCCCUUGGUAAGCAAGGACCUGCUCACAGAGGACGAGAUAGCCAUCUCGGAGACGGCCGAGCGGUACUGCCAGGAGCAGUUGCUGCCGCGGGUUCUAGAGGCCUACCGCGAUGAACACUACGACCCGAAUAUUCUCCUCGAGAUGGGCGAGCUCGGUCUCCUCGGCGCGAACCUCACCGGCUACGGCUGCGCCGGCGCCUCGACCGUAGCCUCGGGGCUAAUAACGCGCGCCGUCGAGCGCGUCGACAGCGGCUACCGCUCGGGCAUGUCGGUACAGUCGUCGCUCGUCAUGGGCGGGAUCCACGAGUUCGGAUCCGCGGAGCAGAAGGACAAGUUCCUGCCGCUCAUGGCGCAGGGCAAGCUGCUCGGCGCCUUCGGGCUCACGGAGCCGAACCACGGCAGCGACCCGGGCAGCAUGGAGACGACGGCGCGCCCGCACCCAAACAAAAAGGGAUAUUUACUCCUGAGCGGCUCCAAGACCUGGAUCACGAACUCGCCCAUCGCCGACGUGUUGCUCGUGUGGGCCCGCCUGCAGAGCUCGGGCAAGAUCCGUGGGUUCCUGGUCGAGCGCAAGGACUGCCCGCCGGGCACGCUGGACACGCCGCCCAUCAAGGACAAGAACGGGCUGCGCGCGAGCACGACCGGCAUGAUCCAGCUGGACGACUGCCCCGUUCCCGAAGCGCACAUGUUCCCCGAGGUCGAGGGCCUGCGCGGGCCGUUCUCGUGCCUGAACAGCGCCCGUUUUGGCAUCGCGCUCGGCACCAUGGGCGCGCUCGAGGACUGCAUCGCGCGCGCGCGCACGUACGCCCUGGAGCGCAGGCAGUUUAAGGAUAAUCCUAUCGCCAAGUAUCAGCUCGUGCAGAAGAAGCUGUCGGACGCCGUCACCGACGCGGCGUACGGCACGUUGGCCGCGAUCCAAGUCGGGAGGCUCAAGGACGCGGGGAAGGUCGCGCCUGAGAUGAUCAGUAUGGUCAAGCGGCAAAACUGCGACCGCGCACUCGUCAAUGCGCGCGUGCUGCAGGAGAUCUUUGGCGGCAAUGCGGUGAGUGAUGAGUAUGGCAUUGGGCGGCACGUGGCAAAUCUGUUCGUGACGCAGACGUACGAGGGACAGAGUGAUAUUCAUAGUCUCAUUCUUGGGAGAGCCAUCACGGGAAUCCAGGCUUUCGCGUGA